AUGGUAGCCCGGGAGAGUCCCAGGACCCCCAAUAACGGUGGUUCUCAUGUCACUACCAAUCCAACCGUGCCCGUGACAUCUGCGCCUCCCAGCCGCUGUCCCACGGAAAGGGCCGGAGAACCAACUGUUCGCGAGACUUCUCGUCAUGGCUUCCAGGACCGAAGUGCCGAGACCCUUGAUGGCAACCAGGAUGCAAACCAAUCCGCUGGGCCAGCGACUACGAACUACUACGGCCCAACAAGUGCACACUUCGAAGCGCCUACCCCACAUUGUGGCCGAGGAGCCCUGAAGCCGCCAGAGCGGGUAUUGCCCCCGGACCUCGUGGAGAAGGUCUUGAUGGCGGAGGCGGCGCACCAGCGGCAGAUGGAGACCAUCAACUUCGCGGCCGGAAAGCUUGACUUCGACGGCGUCGACCCGGAGCUUGGCCUUCACCUGCUUUCUCUACAUUGGAACCGUCAGCAUCACUCGUUUUUGCUGACCUAUCGUCCCGCCUUCAUGCGCGAUAUGGCCUGCGGCGGCAAGUAUUUUUCCAAGUUGCUGCUCAAUGCCAUCUACUUUGGCGCUUCUAAAUUCAGCCCUCGCCUGGAGCUGCGGCGCGACCCAGACGACGUACGCACUGCGGGCUGGACCUUUCGACAGCGGGUGAAGGACCUUCUAGGGGGUGCGCUCGAUCAGAGCGAGAUCACUACCAUCCAGGCCCUCCUCGUCAUGACCAACUCGCUCUUUGCUCUUGGCGACGAACGCAGCGCCGCGUGGUUGUAUGCGGGCCUUGCUUUUCGCAUGGUGAUAGAUCUCGGUAUCCACGUCGACCGGCCCUAUAUCUUGGGGUCUAGCGGACUUUCCGACGAGGAUGUCGAGAUCCAUAGGCGUGUCUUCUGGGGGGCCUUCGUCGUCGACAAGAUCCAGUCGCUGUAUCAAGGACGGCCGCCGAGCCUCCAGGACAUCGACACACGGGUACCUCUGGUUUUCCGCGACCGAUAUGAAGAGCUGGAUUACUGGACUCCGUUCGCUUUCAACGCCUCGAGCAACUAUCCCGGAUGUCCCGCCUACAGCGUGUCCACGUUUACCGAGCUCUGUAAACUGUGCGUUAUCAUGAACCAGAUCAUCAACAAGCUGUACGCGGAAAAGAGUGUCCGAAAGCACCCUUCGCAACUGCAUGGUGACCUUGAGACGCUCAAGAAGCAGCUUGAGCUUUGGAGCAGCGAACUCCCCGAGCACCUGGUCUACCUCUCGGCCCACGCCAGCAAACCAACGCCACCGCCUCAUGUACUGUCCCUGCAAGCCAUGUUCAAUGUGCUCCUCAUCCUCCUGAACCGACCCUUUGUUUCAGAAGGCCGCCUAGAAUCGCAGACGGUGGUCGCCGAAGCCUUUGCGUCGUGCGCAACGGCUGCCACGCGCAUUGUGCACCUACUCGAGGCCUACGAGCGAGCCUUUUCUAUCGCCCGCGCGCCAUAUCUCAUCUCCUAUGCCACCUAUGUGAGCGCCACCAUUCACGUGCGGAUUGCGGCCCAGCGCGAGCCCGGCUCCGAAGCGCACGUCUGCCUGCAGACAUGCCUUGGGGUUCUGGAGACAAAUCAGGAGACGAACUGGGCCGUUCGAAAAGCUACCAAAGUCAUCAUCGAUCUUGCCGAUCGGAUGAACGUAAAAGUACGCCCCAGAAGCCGCCGCAUGGUGACAGACACGCGCGCCAGUGACAUGGCGCGGCCUGGGGGCGAGUCGGCGAGGGGAAACAGCAGUUUUGGGAACAUCUCCGCUGGGAGACCGGAUUCGUUCCUCAUGACGCCGAGCUCCCGACAGGAUCCUUCUACAGCUGCGUCUCGCCAAUUUGACAUGGACGCCAUCAUCCAGAGUUUCAUGCAAGAACAGAGCGAGCUUACCGGCCGGAAUCAGCCGACGAUCCAGUACACAGCUCCUAACGCCGGUGCUUUGACCUCGCCCGGCAUAGCUUCCGUUCCGCGGCAACUGGACCCGUGGCAGACUCAAAUAGACCCACUUCUCACCCCCGACUUCUUGCCGGACGACGCCUUGUUCGGCUUUAAUCGUGUGGCUUUGGACCCGGCCUGGGUCUGUUCUUUCGACGAGAAGAUCUCCCCCGGAAUGUUAGCGAAUGGUCACCCAUCAUCCUGGGCGCCAUGGGGUCUUUGGAUAACGACUUGCGCCAGCUCAACGGCGUCGGUGGCGGCUCCUCCACAACAUCCAAGGUUGCCGUCGUGGCACGAUCCAAACGACCGAAACGUGGAUGUGGACUACACCUUCAUCCAGGUCCCUGUUGGCAGGGGGGAGUUGGACUUUUCGGGAAACUGCGGAAACAUGGUCUCCGGCGUAGGCCCAUUUGCCGUGGAUGAGGGCAUGGUGAUGACAGAUCCCGGCGCUUCCAAAGCUGAUGUGCGCAUUUUCAACACCAACACGGGUCGCCUCAUUGUCGACACGGUUGAGCUGGACGAGACAGGUCUCUUCGAGCCGAACGGCGAUUGCCGCAUUGGCGGAUUCGGCGGGACGAGGAGCCGCAUCGAUGUCAGCUUUGUUGAGCCAGCCGGUAGGAUGACUGGCAGUUUACUUCCGACGGGACAACCGGAAGAGACGCUACGCAUCGAUUUUGGCCCAUCCGUGGGCAAGCACGACGUCGGUGUGACCCUUCUGGACGCCGCCAAUCCUUUCGUCUUUGUGGACCAGAGCAGCCUGCCACAAAACCUGCCCUCCCCCCCAGAUUCACUCGGCGCCCAUGCCUGGGUAGAGCAGAUACGACGGGCCGGUGCCGUGCGCUAUGGCCUUGCAUCGACGUUGGAAAAUGCCGCCAAGGUCCGCGGGACCCCCAAGAUUGCCUUGCUACAACCACCAGAGGACGGCAGCAAGCAAGAUAUCCGCGUUCUGUCGUAUAGCAUGGGGAAACCUCACCCAAGUCUUCAGCUCACGGGCGCAGUGUGUCUUGCGGCAGCGCUCUGCGUGCCCGGCACUGUGGCCCACCGACUAUCCCGUCCCUCUGCUAUCGCGGCUGGACAGGGGCCUCCAACCCCCCCGGAGAGUGAAGAUGGCACAGGGAACCACGGUGAUGUAUCAUCAGAAGCGGUGCAGCUUUUGCAGAAGCAAGAACGGAUGGUGCUGGUGGGCCACCCCACGGGACAAAUCGAAGUCGCGAUUGGCUGGCAGCUGGGUCGCGAUGGCGAAGUAAGGAUUGAAUAUGCCAAGGUUUUUCGGACGGCUAGGAGGAUAUUUGCUGGUGAAGUUGUCGUGGAUCUGGCGUACGGCCGGCAAAUGUGUGGCGAGGCGGUUUGA